ACUGUUCAUCCGUGACUCGCGAGGAUCCGUGCCGCUCUGGUAGACUGGUGCACGGGCCCCGACUCGCGAGGCUCGCGGGCUGCAGAGACGGCUGGACCGACCUCCUCUCGCCGGUUGCGCAAGCCGCGGCGGCGGCAGCGUGGACGCCACCCGGCUGUUCCACGGUCGGGAGAUGCAAGACGCGCCACGGUGGUCGGGGUUUGAGAUACCGACCUGGUGUUUGGGAAAUGUACUGCCGACCAUGGUGGUCGGGGAACGGAAUCCCGACCACUCAGUGUGCGCGCGCGCCUCACGUCCGGGUAGCGGUGGGGCUGCGUCGCUGAGGAGAAGCUUCGCUGGCGCCGCUCCACCUUCUUCGUCGAGGUGCUUAGCCAACACAGCUUGACUUGACUCCCACCUUCCACGAAAUGCAUUCUGAGACUUCAAGUGCACCGACACUCAGCUGAAACACUAUAAGAGCUUCAUACAAGUGCACCAUCUCUGAAAGACUUCGAGCGUUUUACACUUACUCCAAUUAGCUUACCAACUCUGAAUACCGCACCAUGACCAUGGGCAUGGUUGUCGGAGAGAUGCUUGUGUCCGCUCUCUUGAAGGUGGUCGUGGGGCAGCUUGGCGCGGUCAUUGGCCCUGAGGUCAGCUUGCUGUGGAAAUUCAAGGAUGAUUUGGAGUCCAUUCGGAGAACACUGGCGACACUGCAAGCUGUGUUGAACGACGCCGAGAAGCGAUCGUCAAGGGAGGAAUGUGCGCGCCUCUGGCUCAAGAGGCUUAAGUCUGCUGCUUAUGACAUUCAGGACAUGCUGUGGGAACUGGAAUUCAUGAACGGUCUGAAGGGCACGGUUCAGGAUACUGACCACAGUGUGUUUCGGAAGGUUACACAGUUUCGAUCACAUGUCACCAUUGCCCACAAGAUGAAGAAGAUGAGACAGAUGUUGGAGAAGAUUAAAGACGAAGCAAGACUUGAUAUAUUCAAUUUCAAGUCUGAAAGUUGCUCCUUAGAUGAGGAUAUUAAUAGCAGAGCAACAUUUUCUUCUGUCAGUGAAGAUAUUGUGGGGAGGGCCAUUGAGAAAGAAACAAUAGUUAGCAUGUUGACUACUUACAGUGAAGAAGAGAUUCUGACCAUCUCCGUUUAUGGCUUUGGUGGCCUUGGUAAGACAACUCUUGUUAGGCUAGCUUUCAAUGAUGAGAAUGUUGGAGGAGUUUUCGAUUACCGAGUAUGGGUUUAUGUAUCUAUGAAAUUUGAUCUGAAGAAGAUUGCUGAAUCUAUAAUUUCUGAAGUUGAGGGUAGCUGCAUUUGUGCAAACCUUCAGGAGGUUACUCGUCGUCUCCAGAGUGUACUUGCUGGUAAGAAGUUCUUGGUUGUUCUUGAUGACCUGUGGGAAGAAAAUGGGUGCCAAUUGUUAAAGCUGAAGGCAAUGCUCAAUGGUGGUGCAAAAGGAAGUAAGAUCGUCAUAACUACACGCAGUGAGAAAAUUGCUGCCCUGAUGCAUCCUAGCAUUCCUUACAAGAUGGAUGUCCUAUCAGAUGAUGAUUGUUGGAUUUUGUUUAAGCAAAGAGCCUUUGUUCCUGGAAGGGAUGAUCAUAGGAUAGAAGAAAUUGGAAGAGAUAUAGUGAAGAAGUGCAAAGGUGUGCCCUUGUCUGCACAAGCUCUGGGUUUCGUGAUGCGAUUCAAGGAAGGAGUGGCUGCAUGGGAAGCAGUGAGGGACAGUGAAAUCUGGGAGAUGGAGGAAGAUCAGAAUAUCAUGCCAUCGUUGAAGCUUAGUUACUGCAGCAUGCCUUGUCACCUGAGAUUGUGCUUUGCGUACUGUGCGGUUUUCUCCAAAGGAGCUGUCAUAGACAAGGACAUGCUGAUACAGCAGUGGAUUGCACUUGGAUUGAUUCAACCAGCCAGUGGAAGCUUGACACUUGAAAAGCGUGGUGAGGAGUACGUCCGUGAACUAGUGAGCAUGUCCUUCCUUCAGGCUUCGAUAUCAUCCUUGGCAGCUAACCACCGCAUGAAAGCUGCAAGGGUAUUCCAGAUGCAUGAUUUGGUGUAUGACUUAGCAAGAUGCGUUGCUAACGAAGAAUUCCUAUUCAUGGAUGCCAAAAAGAGUAGCACUGCUAGUGCUGGAAUUGAUGACCACCGAUAUACUGUACUGAUGAAUUACAUCGAUAUACCAAUGAACAGCAAGGCUGUACUUGGUAAGGCAAGAUCGCUCCAUUUUAGGGAUUGCAAAGGGCUGCAGAUUUCUGGGAGAUCAUUUACCCUGACCCUGAGUAAAUUCUUGCGAGUCUUGGACAUAAGUGGCUGUUCUAUCUUAGAGUUACCCAGUCAACUAAAUCAGAUGAAGCAAUUACACUAUCUUGAUGCAUCAGGAAUGCAAAGUCAAAUGAAAUUCACUGGUUUGCAAAGCCUAAACGCACUAAACCUUUCAGCAAGCUAUUUUCAAAAAUUGCCAGUUGAAAUAGGUAACCUUGACAAAUUGCAUUACUUAAACCUUCAUGAUUGUUCUCGCCUCAUGUUAAUACCUGAGUCCUUUUGUGAACUAAGGGAUUUGGUGCAUCUAGACCUAUCAGGAUGCAUCAACUUACAGACUCUACCAACAUCAUUCGGCAAACUCCACAAGCUCUCAUUCUUGGACAUGUCUGGCUGUCUCAAUCUAUUUAGCUUGCCGAAGUCGUUCUGUGACCUUUAUCAUUUAGAGGACCUUAAUUUAUCAUCUUGUCAUGAACUUAGAGGGUUACCAUUGUCAUUCGGCAAUCUUCAACAGCUCCUCAUCCUGGACAUGUCCAUGUGUCAUAAGAUUCACACUUUGCCCAUGUCACUGUGUAAUCUCCUACAUUUAGAGAGUCUCAAUUUGUCAUGCUGUUAUGAACUUCAAGAACUCCCUGAGGAUUUUGGAAAACUUCACGGACUUCGUGUUAUGGACCUAAGUGACUGCCGCAGACUUCAAACAUUGCCCUCUUCCUUUACCGACCUUGUAAACAUAGAGAAACUGAUCUUAUCUGACUGCUGGGAGCUGAGAAAGCUUCCAGAAUCACUUGGGAACCUACGGAAAAUUCAGGUUUUGGACCUAUCAUGCUGUUCACAACUUUUUGCAUUACCUGAGACUGUUGCUAACCUCACCAAUUUAGAGCACCUAAAUCUGUCAUGCUGUAUUAGCCUUGAAAUGAUGCCUGGAGACUACCGCAGCUUAAGGAAACUUAAGCUAUUGAACAUCUCAUAUUGUUUCAAGCUCCGUAUCCCUGAUGGCAUAGCCAAUAUGUGUGACCUCAGGUGUUUGUUAGUGGUUGGGUUGGAUGGUUACUCUUGUUCGAAUAAGGAUGAUCUCAAUUUUGUAAAUAGUUCAAUGCGUAUGCCUAAGAUAGAUUUAACUGAAAAGACCAACCUCGGUAGUGAUUUCCAUGGGAUCUUGAAGCAUAAAAGACUCCAUCUUGUGGGUCUCAGCAAUGUGCAAAACAUUGAUGAGGCUGAGAAGUUUGGAUUGUGCAGGCAUCAGCAGCUCAACUCAUUAAGACUUAGCAGCUACUACUUGAAUGGUAAUGAAGUUGCCAAAUUUGUGCCAGAUGACAUUGUACUUGAAAAGAUCAUACCUCCAAGGACCCUGGAACACUUCGAACUUCUGGGCUAUAAAAGUUCCAAGUUCCCUGAGUGGAUGCUGAGUUUGACAACCAUUUUGCCAAACCUUGUACACCUUAAGCUCUCGAACCUUGCAACGUGUGACCAUCUGCCUCCUCUUGGCCAGCUACCAAAAUUGCAGUCUCUGGUUAUAGAAGACAUACCAAAUGUCAAGGAUGUUGGAGAAGUUUUUGCUGGUUGCAGCAGACCAUUUCUGAAAUUGAGGGACCUCAAAAUCAGCAAUAUGCCAAACCUAGAAAGGUGGCUUACAACUCUAUCAACUAGCGAUAAAGAGGGGCAUGUGUGUACAUUCCCUAACCUUCACCAUCUGAAUGUGUCACGAUGCCCAAUGUUGAGAUUUGAACCGUCUCUUCCACAAUGCUUCUUAUUGGAAAUUGAGGCAUGUGAUGAGAUCUUGCUAGGACAACCUGAGACACCUUCACAAUUGCACCCUAUUCCAAUAAGAAGAAUAAGAAUCACGUCCUGUAAGUUGUUAUUCUCAGAGGGGUGUCAACUUCGGUUCUUAGAUUCCUUCAGUUCACUUAAGUUCCUGUCAAUAAACUGGUGUGAAGGCCUGAGCACUUGGGGAGAAAGCAUAGAAGCAUUAACCAGCCUUGAGGAGUUGGAGCUAUCAUCCUGUGACAUACCGGCAUUUUUGGGAAGAAUCACCUCAUUGCAGAGACUGAAAAUUGAGAUGUGCCAUAUACCUUGUGAUUUUCCUCAGCACUUGCUGCAACUUCCAUCCUUGCGAGAGUUGCAAAUGAGUGCAUGCGCAGCUGAAUUUGAGUUACCUGGUGAAAUUACCAGAGCCAUUUUGGCUCAUAUUCCAGAUAUCAGAAUAAACUUGGUGGGUUUCAUCAGGUGUAUAGAACAGAAUAAUGGUGUACUCUCUACAUGCCAAACUGCGCCAAGCCAGGAUUCAUCAGGUGAUACCAAGAUGCCACACCUGCGGAUCAAAAGGCCUGUCAAAGUACGAGUACGACAGCUGAAGCUCCGGCGCCGUGGUGUAACCUCUGUUCCAGUAAACGCGAGAACCAGAAACAAGACUAGAGAUACCAGCCAGCAAUCACGCCGUGAUAGCAAUCUUGAGUCUAAAGUAUAUGUUGGAGAUCUUAUCGACUUCUUAAUGCGGAUGAGACACAGUUCUCAAGAGGGGCAGAUGACAUGGCAUCACCGGAGCAUGGACCUGAGGGCAGGCGUUUCGCAGUUUAACUUAUUCUGAAAGGGAAAAU